AUGCAGUUGGCAUCCGAUCAUAAUGAAAGAGAUCCAGUAAAAUUCGAGCUGCUGCUGUCCCAGGACAACGUGAACUGGGUGAUGGUGUACUACAAUUCUGACCCAGCCGUCAUAACUGACUUUCGGAGCAUUAUGAUAGAGCGUUUGCCUCUGUCUGCGCAGUUCAAAGACUUCCUCUUCGAGCCUAUAGCUGCUCGAGACGGGAAUCAGGAGGUGCAAGUGGCAGAGUUCCAGCUCUGGGAUGGUGCCACACCGCCUGCAGAGAUGGAUUUGGCUGCCUUGGGUGCGCAGGCCGUGUCCUGGCAGAAUAUCGGGACGAGCCCAGCAGGGGAAGAGCCAAGCAAAGCCAUAGAUGGAGAUGUGACUACCAGUUGGGUUGAGAUGAACAUCCAGUCCUCCACAGGGAUACAUAUUAGACUUACCAACCCCGUGCAUGUAUCGAACUGGAGCUGGGUGACUGGCAGCAGUUUGACCUCCAGGGACCCUCUCCAAUGGAACUUUUACGGAUUGUACAUGGAGACGGGCAGCAACAACAUGAUGCUUCUCAACCAACAGGACACAGACUUUGAUGCGCCCUUGGACCGAGAGACUUCUGUGGGGAUGCUCAGCAUUGCCGGUAUGCUCGAGCUAAGCACCACGACAACCACAACCUCGUCAACAUCAAGCUCAGGCACAUCAUCAAGUACCGCAUCCACAUCCAGCACUACCACAACAACAUCCAUUUCAAGUGUUACCUCGACAUCUAGCAGCAGCACAGCCACAACAAGCUUAAGUGCCACAUCGACAUUCACAAGCAGCACAUCAACUUCAAGCUUCAGUGAGACCUCGACAUUCAAAAGCAGUACAUCAACAUCGAGUUCGAGAAUCACCAUGUCAUCCACAUCGAUGACCACAUCGCUCACAUCGGUGUCAGGAGCCUCGACGUCCAGUUCGACAUUCAAAAGCAGCACAUCAACAUCGAGUUCGCGAAUCACCAUGUCAUCCACAUCGAUGACCACAUCGCUCACAUCGGUGUCAGGAGCCUCGACGUCCAGUUCGACAUUCAAAAGCAGCACAUCAACAUCGAGUUCGAGAAUCACCCUGUCAUCCACAUCGAUGACCACAUCGCUCACAUCGGUGUCUGCAGCCUCGACAUCCAGUUCGUCAGUCCCGAGUUCAUCAUCCACCACAACGUCAACGCCAAGUUCGCCUCCAACUACGACAACAGUAACACUGUCAUCAACAGCAACGUUCACACACACAGCAACCCUUACUGCAUUAUCAACGUCUACGACAACUUGGACACAAUCUUCUACAUCAACACACGCGCAGCAAGGAGCAGCUGAAACAUCAACGACCUCGUGGACAUUCGCUACUUGGACGCAGACUACAGUGACUACAGUCACCGUUACCGCUGGAGAUGCUGCCUCAUUGCCAGCGCUCUCGACUCGGUUGGCAGGAGACCUGGAAGACAGCCAGUUGGGCGCGAUACAGCAAUUCAAGUCGAUGGACUCGAGCUCAAACACCGCGAACUCAUCGCAAUCUGCACCAGAAGUUUACGGCACGGUACUCACUGUGCCUCAUGAUCACGUGGGGACUCCGCUCUACACCAGCUUGCUGCGAGCUGGCCCGAAUGAGACAGCAGCAGGCUCAAUCCAAGUGUCCGUGGGUGAUUCGCUCGUGGUUGUCCCAACCGCUCUCUUCACAUCCGCAGUUCGUCCCGAAUACGCAGUGAUCAGCGUAAGCGAUGCGCAGCCAGGGGACGAGAUUAGCGAAGUCUUGAGCGCUUCUACACGGGCUUCUGGAAAUGUCUUGGCCACGCAACCCAUCAGCAUCAAGCUCAGCAUAUGGGAGCGCAGUAUCAACGGAACAUUGAAUGCAUCUAUCAAUUUCACAAUCCCGAUUACACAAGCCAAUGCCACUGGUGACGUGACAUGUGUGUACUGGGAUGAACAACAGGACCGAUGGUCGAGCCAGGGUGUAGCGACCUUAUCCGUUGCUGACGGUUUUGUGCAAUGCUCCACUACUCACCUCUCACUUUUCGCUGCAGUCGUGGCGGCCGUUGUGAACACUUUGGUGUGUAGCAACGCAGCCGGCAUCUUCUCUGUGCAAGGCCUGCAGUCUCUGCUCGAGUGGCAUUGGGCGGUACGAGCUCCGGCCCUGGUUCAAUGGGUCACGCUUCUGGUCGGGCUUGGUUUGUUGCUGGCAGCGAAACACAUGGACCUGCGACACAUGGAGCGGGUGGAUGCCCUGGAGGGAUUUCAGCACAUCAAAGUUCUUCGACCUGUUGGAGCCUCCCGAAAGGACUUCGUAGCUGACCUGAAAGAGUAUUUCCUUGGAGCCCUUCAUCCAACUAGGCGGGUGGCCAGCCAACUCCUAAAAAGGAGCAUCGGGCUGGGUACCGGUGAGCUGAACCGACUGCGGCAAGUGAGCGGUGUGACAGGGUGGCAUCAGCAAGCGCGCUCCGUUCUCUCACACUUCUCCGAGCAGAAGCUCUUAUUCAAGCUAACCAUGCUUUAUCAGGUGAAUUGUCGUUGGUUCAGCUUUGCCACCCCGUCUCUGAAGGCCAGCUGUACCCAGCGUUGCAGUGUGCUCCUCGCCAAGCUGUAUAGUGGGUGGGCCAUCAUGGCUCUUUUCUAUGACUCCACAGCACUAGCCCCUGGUCAACCCGAGUGUGCACCUCCUGAAGCCUUGCUGGACAAGCUCGUCCGCAGCGCGGUGGUCGCCUGGAUCUCCGCAGCAUUCGGGUCGCUGCCUUUUGUCAUGCUGCUCGCCGUGGUGCACCUGGGUGGAAACAGAGCCCGCUCCCUGCGGACAAAUAUCUUUUGGAGCUAUAUGACGCUCCACACGACGCUCUGUGCCCUCGUGGUCAGCAUUUUUCUUGCCAGUGUCAGCCCUGCAGAUGAGGAGAGGUUUUUGAUCUCCUCACUCACCAACCUGUUCACGUCCGUGCUGGUUACUCCCCUGCUUCUGACAGUGCUAUUUGGGAUUUGCUUGCUCAGCCGACCUGGUGAUCUCGGUCAGAUGCUUCAAUGGCGGCAGGACGACCAGUUCGAAAUCUCUAUUGAGAGUGUCGAAAUUCCACUAGAACAGCUGCAUGCAGCCCUGAAGCUUGACUCGCGCCUGGCUGUCACUGUUGUUGUGGAGGUCUUCGGCGAUCACUCCAGUUCUGUGAACUUGAAGAUGGUCUCCGACUCCGGGAACACCUUCGGCUCUACAGCCGCCAUCCUCGUAACGAAGAAUCAGGUUCUGUUUUUCACGAUUGUGCUCGUGGAGCUUCAAAGGAGGUCUACACGCACGCUCCAUGCCGUGGUUCAGGGCGGUGAUGUCAUAACUGGCUAUAGCGGAUCCUUGCCGCUCUUCUUGGCCGGCAAGAGCUCCCCCUGCGCGGAAGCUAUGGUUAAGGUUGGGCUCUCUACACGCAACGAGGAGAAGCUAGACACCGACGGCAAACACACCAGCAAGGAUGCUGAAACCGGCAAGGAGGUUGUGACCAUUGAUGUUGUGUCCUUGGAGAAGCCGCUGAAGGCGGAUGCAGAUCAGAGGCCAGACCACCUGGAACCCAGGCACGAUGUGCCACUGCGGGCAGCUGCUGCGGCGCCACGCCCACAGGAGGGCACCGUGACAAGGGAGAUGCCGCCGCCUGACCCAACUCCGAAAGCGCAUCUCGCAGAGCCGGAGCCAGCCCCGGAGCCUCUUCUGCCAGCUGGAAGUAGGCUUUUGGAGCUGCCAGCUCCGGCACCUCCGAAGUCGAUGCCGCGCAUGGGCCCGUGCUUGCGCCCACAGGCACGGGGCGUGGGAGCUCCGCGACCGGACCCGCGCGGGCGGUCCAACGAUUCGAGCGAGGCGCAGCACACCCAGUCAGACGCGGGGAUCUCGCAACUUUAG